AUGUCUGACAAACGCGAGAACCUAGAAAAGCUGGGGGCGGUUUUAGUUCAGGUUCAUCAUGAUCUGAGACAACUUAAGUGCAGUAUUGAGAAGGUCAGUGUCAGUGACAGGGCCACAACUCUGGACAUCCAAGCCCUGAGCGAUGGCAUCUGUAGGGCCCACAGUAGCAUCAGGAAACAUGCUGAGGAUUUUCUGAAAACAGUGAAUAGGCAGCAGCUGAUUCUUCCGAGCAUUGAGGACUUAAAGCCACAGACACUUAAAACACCUAGAUGGAAUCCUCCUCUGGAGAGUCUCCCAGAUGUGCAUUCACAAAGGAAGGAGCUUCUGAAGCACUUACCCAAGAAAAAGAGACAAAGCCCCCGCUCUGAGGCCCGUCAUCAUGCCACCAAACCAGAAGGACAUCGCUCCUCGUUUAGAACUGAGGACGACACGGAGACAGAAUCCAACAGCAUGUGCCACAAGGAGCCAAAAGGUCCAACAAAUUCAGAACCCAAUGCUGUGAAAGAAGUUGAUGCAUGUGGACCUCUGCAGACCUCAAAGACGCCGCUUCAAUCCACAGCCUCUAAAAGCAUGGACUUGAAGUGUGAGGUGCAAGACACAGACGGUCCUCUGCCUAAAGCCCCUCAGAACCUGGCAGUGGAAGUUCCUGAUAAUAUCACCAGAUACCCCUUCACAAUCACAAAAGGGCAGAUCGACCCGAUGGCGACUGAUUUCUGUCACUUCAAGCAGAGCUUCACAUUGUGCUGGGGCAGUGUGUUUGAUGCUCUGGAGGACCUGAAAAAGCUUCUCAGGAACUUUGCAGUGCCUUUAGCUACAGUUAGUGGAGAGCGUCUCGUGGACGUAUGUCACAGUUGGGAUGCUGGUUGGAGAAAGGCCCCGUCAGCAAUCACUCUCCUAUCAGUGCUUGAAAAUCAGGAGGAGGUAUCAGAUCUGGUCUCACGCCCAGGUCAGCGCUACAAGGGAGAGGGAGGCAUCGAGGCCGCCGCCAUCCUUAUACAGUCCUGCUGGAGGCGCUACUUGGCCAGGACGGCCUACCUGUGGCACCUGCGGCGCAAGUGGGCUGCACACAUUAUCGCAAUGUCAUGGUGGGGGCACGCUCAGAGGUGUCGUGUCAAAAAGGCCCUUCAGGCACGGAGGCUUAGUCAGUUAGAAAACCAUCGCAGGAGAGCACAGCAUCUGGCAGCCAACUGGAAACACAUCCAGUCGUCCAAGAGGACCAUUAUCCACAUCCCUUCAUUAGGUUUCUCUCAGAGCCAGCGACUGAAGUUGAGAAGAUAUGACAUCCUCCAGAACGCCCAAAUAAGCAGAUUGUUUGACGUUAGAGAUGAUAAUGUGGAGGUGAUCUAUGUAUGCUCGCUGCGUUUGGGGGAAGACAUCUUGCAGUAUUACAGCAGCCUUCUGAACUGUGAUGGAGCCACAGAUGGAGCUGAUAACACCCAGGCCUCACACAGCAAGAGACACUUUACUAUCCUAACUCCAGAAGCUGUAGAUUAUUUCCCUACCCACAACAUGUGUCUGUCUACACUGCUGAAGUACAGUCCACGCACCCUGAAGCGUAUCAAACACCUGAUCCAGGGGAAUCAGGCCUACAUAGUGGGCGGAGUUAGCCACAUGGAUGACUUGGCAGUGGCUGAUGAGCUGGAUGUGCCGAUCUUGGGUCCAGAACCAGCUGUUUCACAGCUCUACAGCACUAAAUCCGGAGGAAGGAGGAUUGUUGCUGCGGCAGAAGUUGAUGUUCCCCCUGGUCAAGCAAAUAUCUGCUCACUAAACCAGCUUCAUGAAACACUAGCAGAGCUCAUGACUCAAAAUAUUAAUAUGCAACGCUGGCUUUUUAAGAUCAACUUGCAACAUGGUGGUCGUGCUGCAGCGUACUGCGACGUUUGCCAUCUCAGCUGCUAUAAAUGGGCUUUGCAGAGUUAUCGUCAUGACGGUCCUGAUCUAUGGGGCUCAGAAUGGACUCAGGAGACUGUAUUUCGCAGAUAUUUAGAUGAGAUCCCAGAAUGGCUGGCCCAUUAUGCCAAACCUACUAAAACCUGCUCUUAUCCCAGUUGGUCCUGCUUCCUGAAGACCUUCCUCAGGCAAGGUGGCGUAGUGGAGGCAUAUCCCCCUUCAGAAAGUGUCACUUAUCUGACAGUGGAUAUGUUACUGGAGCCAGGGGGUGAGGUGGCCAUGCUGUCCUGUGGAGACCAGCUCCACGGCUCCUGUCAGCCAGAGGUCAUAGGGUGCACUGUUCCACAGACGUCAGUACAUCCAGACACCUUGCACUCCAUCUGCAUGCGUGUGGGUCAGGCUUGUCUACAGCACCUUGUUGUUGGUUAUGUCUCUGUGGGCCUAGCUACCUUUACGGACCACGGCACCAUGGAGCAGAAGGUUUGGGUCAUCGAUCUGGACAUCGCUUACAGUGACCAGCUGGCCAUGACCCAGAUGCUGCUGAUGAUGACCGGAGGAACGCUGAAUUGGCGGACGGGAUGUUUAGAAGUUCAAAUGCCAGUCAGAAGGAAAUGCUGUGAACACCAGGCUGCAGCUAAACACCUUGUGCUCAGUGGUUAUGCGGUCAUCGGGAGCCACCUGUUUCAUUCUCACCUUUCGAUGUUGUACCACAGCUCGUUCUUCAGGAUGUGCAAGCUACACGGCAUUGGGUUUAACAAAAAGCAGAAGCAAGGCACUGUUUUUGCUUUUUAUGACAGCAGUGAGCGAUGUCGCUUUGGUAUGAUAACGAUCUCAGAGGAUCUCCGGGGAGCUCUGGUGACCUUUGCUCAGAAUCUGUCAGUCAUUCAUCAGCAAAUAUCAUCCUCUGCAACGCAGGGAGGAAACAAUUUCAAGGAGCUCCUAAAGCACAUAGAAGAUGUGCUGCAGACUAUAUUUCGGAACAAGAAUCAACUGAAGGAUAAACCUGCUGCGGAGACAGCUGCAUCACCCGUGAAGUGCAAUAUCACCAAAUAA